AGUUGAAAAAAUGACUAACCACAGCAGUAAGCAGUCACAUGAAGUCCUUGUUGGAAUCAGUUUUAGUAUUCUUUGAAUUUUUGCGAGUUCAUAAUGAUUUUAAAUCGUUUUUCGAGUUUGGGUAUAGGUUUUUUGGUGAUAGUAUUUACAGCAAGCUCCAGUUCAACUGAGAUUGUCUCAAAUGAGCAAGAUGAAGGGGUGGUGGUACUUCAUAGAGCUGGUCAGGCCAUUCCAAAAAGAGUUGCAUCCAUGGGGAAUACCCUGAGAGAGAGAUUCGCCAGAAGACAGGAGAGAAUGCAAGAGAGACGCAGCCGGACAAGGAAGGAGAUAUGUUAUGAACUUCUAGGCUGUUUCCCGAUGGCUCUCUCGAAGCACCAGCCUCUGAAGAAGACCCCACAGUCGCCCUCAGACGUGGACACCAAGUUCUGGCUGUUCACACGCGGCGACAGAGACGCGGCGACUGAGAACGCGACUCAGCUACACUACGGCGACAGACGCGAGUCGCUCAUCAACUCCAACUACUCUGCCAAACUGCCAACUAAGAUGUUAGUUCACGGCUACAAGGGGAGUGGCAUGGACUACGCCGCUCGGGCUAUUGCUAACUUGUGGCUCAAACUGGAAAACUGCAAUGUGAUCCUGGUAGACUGGGAGAAAGGAGCGGCAGGUCCGUCGUAUGCUGUGGCUGCUGCCAACACUCAGCUGGUGGGGAGACAGUUGGCAUUACUGCUCACUGAUAUGACGUCACUGGGGACCCCUCCACAACACAUUCACGUCAUCGGGUUCAGUCUGGGGGCGCAUAUUAGCGGGUUUGCAGGGAGGGCCAUACAGCAGAGAGGGAUGAUGUUGGGCAGAAUAACAGGCCUGGACCCAGCAUCCCCCCUCUUCCGCCAACACCUAAAGGCCUCUCUGCCCCCCCUGACGACAUCCGACGCUCACUUUGUGGAUAUCGUCCACACGGACGCGGCACGUGUCUGGUCCAACGGGUUUGGCCUUUUCGACGCAUUGGGUCACGUCGACUUCUUCCCAAACGGAGGCAGGGAUCAACCCGGAUGUGCGCACUACAGGGCUUCCCUGAUUGUCAGCCAUCUUGAGGGAACAGUGAACUCCAGUGUGAUCUGCAACCACAUCAGAGCGUUCCAGUAUUUCCUGGAAAGUAUGAGAUCUACUGAGACAGGCUGUGAAUUCCUGGCCUUUCCCUGCGAACAAGGCUAUGAUGCAUUCCAGGCUGGUCUCUGUUUUCCUAAACAGUGCAACAGUAGUAGUCAUGAUGGAUCCUGCGCACCUAUGGGAUUUUAUUCGAACCUGAACCCAGCAAGAGGUCCCAUGUAUUUGGUGACAAGAGAUAAGGCACCAUUUUGUGGAGAACAACUCAGAGCUACAGUGGUUCUAUCGCAGAAGACCCUGAAAACUAGAGGAUAUUUACAACUAUCCCUGGAGCAUGGAUUGGAAUAUACACACUUUCAACUCUACUGCGAAUUGAAAGAUGCAGUAAAGGGAGGCAUUGAGAUGAAUGCUCUGGCUGCUGCUAAAUACAAUUCAAUUGGCGAAGAUCUCACACCAGAAAUAACGGCGCACUUUACGUUUCAAUCACUCGAAUUUCAGAAUAGUGACAAUUAUUCCUUGUCUAACACACCGAUAUACAUUGCCGAGGUGGAGGUCCAGUCACUGAAGGGUGUGAGUUGGCGCUAUUGUGGAGGUGACGUCAUACUUCAGCAGAAGGAUAACUCUAUGUUUAGGACAGCUUCCUUACCACUCACUACCAAGGAGUGCACGUGAAAAAUUAUAAAUUUGUUCUAAAAUAGUUAUUUGUGCAACUAGUGCGUAAAGUGACAAUUUGCUGCACCGAAAGAAACGUUUACGCCCGAGCC